CUUCCUCUCACGUACCUUCCGUGCAACAAACGUACCCACUUCCAUUGACCCAUUUUAAGUAGAAAAGACCCUAUAAAGAAGAGUUAUUCUUUUAUAAAUUAACGGGUCUUUUCAUUAAAGAACUAACUUUAUUGGUAGUCGUGUAAAAAGACGACUUUAGAGUGACAUUCUUGUAUGAACAAAGAACGUGCUGCAUUUGCCAAAACGAAUUAACGAAAAGAACGCUGAAAGAUGACGGGACAGGCAAAUGUUGUAGGCAUCCAUUAUAAAGUCGGCAGAAAGAUUGGUGAAGGAUCUUUUGGUGUCAUCUUUGAGGGGACGAAUUUAUUGAACAACCAACAGGUUGCUAUUAAGUUUGAACCAAGACGUAGUGAUGCUCCUCAACUCAGAGAUGAAUAUCGCACAUAUAAGCUCCUGGCAGGAUCUCUGGGAAUUCCCAAUGUGUACUAUUUCGGACAGGAAGGCCUUCAUAACAUUCUAGUCAUUGACUUGUUAGGCCCUAGUUUGGAAGAUUUGCUCGAUUUAUGUGGCCGCAGAUAUAGCGUCAAAACCGUUGCUAUGGUUGCUAAGCAAAUGAUAGGUCGUGUCCAGGCUAUCCAUGAACGAAGUUUGGUAUACAGAGAUAUCAAGCCUGACAAUUUUUUGAUUGGACGACCCAACACCAAGCAUGCAAAUAUGAUCCAUAUCGUCGACUUUGGCAUGGUAAAGUUUUACCGUGAUCCUGUUUCAAAGCAGCACAUUCCCUAUCGAGAGAAGAAGAAUCUUUCAGGUACAGCACGUUAUAUGUCUAUCAACACCCACUUAGGCCGAGAGCAGUCUCGACGGGAUGACUUGGAGGCACUUGGUCAUGUCUUUAUGUACUUUCUUCGCGGAAGCCUUCCCUGGCAAGGUCUCAAAGCUGCUACAAAUAAACAAAAGUACGAACGCAUUGGGGAAAGAAAGCAAAAUACCCCUUUGCGAGAACUGUGUGCUGGAUUUCCGGAAGAAUUUUAUCAAUACAUGCAUUAUGUCCGGAAUUUGCCUUUUGAGGCUACUCCCGAUUAUGAAUUUUUGCAAUCCCUAUUUCAAAAAGUGCUACUUAAAAUGGGCACGAAUGAUGAUGGCGGUUUUGAUUGGAAUUUACUGAACAAUGGUAAGGGCUGGCAAAGUUUACGCAGUGGCCGAAGCCAUGAAGCGAAUACGCACCGCCCAAGUAAAGCUCCUGCUCCCAAGCAAGAUCCAAAAGCUUUGGGGCCUCAGAAUCGCUUGAGCACCCGUAAACUUGUAUCCAACUCGUCGGCAAUGGAACAUGGUAAUUCUCAGACGCAACCCAACUCAUCUAAUGCACAAGAUUCACCGGAAAUAAACGUCCUAGGAAGUGAAAAAAAUAGAAUUGACAAACCUCCCCUUUCAAGAGAUCAAGCUGGCGUACGGCCUUCGCAGGGCGUGCCUCAAGAACAGCAGGUGCCUAGAGGAGAGGUUCCAGCGGUUAAUGGCGAGCAAACACGAAGGCCCGAUAAAUAUGUUUCAAAAGAGACAUCUGGAAAUAAGAAAAGAUCGUUUUGGAAAAGUCUGCUAUCUUGUUGUGCUGCCCCAGCCGAAGACGCUUAAGCUUAGCCUUACUCGAUAAGGUACGAUAUUAUGUCUACUUCACCUUCUACGGUCCUCUAUCGGUGUACUGUUUAUAACUUUCUUUGCUGUUUUACUUCCUUUUUAAAGUACAUAAGUAGCAAAUGCACUUUCCAAGACACCUCUGGAUCAUAUUGACUAUCCAUUGAUCUAAACAGUUUUCUCCUUUUACCUUUUGUAUACGCUAUUUCUCUUUUUUUAAUGAAGAAAAUAUUGUGGACUCGUUGUUUCUGCUAUCCUAUUUUUUUGAAAAAAACUUCUACUAAAAGAGACGAAUUUGAAUUUGCACGAAACGCUUUGAGGCUCUUUCAUUACAAUUCUCUGAUGUUUCUCUUUAUGUGGCUUUUCCUCUUUUCCUCUCCGUAAAAACUGUCUUUUUGCGUGUGUUGCUUUUAAUUUUGCAUCUAUAACAUUACAUUUCGUUUCUGCAAAUGUGCUUGUUGUAUGCAACUUAGCUUAACGUUCUUCCUAAGUUGCCGCCGCGUUCACCUCUUUAACUCAAUGACUAACUAACGACUCGGUUGAAACUGACAUGUAAAAGCCUUUUUGUAAAUAUUAUUUGAAUUAUGCUAACUAUGUCGCACAUUUACGAUAUUUUGAAGCAAAUGUUGAUUUUCGUUCGUAAUGGGGUUGAAAGAGUCUAUAUCGUUGCAAAGUUGUCAUGAAUGUGCAUUUCUUUCCUUGGGAUUUUCUCUCUUAUACUAAUUAAUUGUUUGUUUUAUUUUUCGUUGGGCAAUAUUCAUUAAUUAAUAGAGCAUGUGACAUGUAUCAACUUAAGUAUUCUCAGUACUGGUCAACCCAAACUUAUAAUUUGAUUUAGUAGAUAUAAACAAAACUCCUUCC